GCGCGCUAAUUUAAAUGUCUUUCCAUAUUCGUUCCAUGACAAAUUCGAGCAUAGCUAGCUAGCCCGAGCGAGUUGACGUCUUUUCGAGUCUCUUUCUUCUCGUAGAUCAAGAUUUUGUGUUCGUAGAUUGUUUCAUGCAGAGCAGAGAAGGUGUUGUCCUCAUCCCGAUCGUGAGCUGCAGACGUUGUCGCAAGUUUCCCGUGCCUUAUUUGCCAAACGUGUAAAGUUGCUUCAGCGUGUUUGGAGUUUUCCUUGUAGUGACCAAUAAAGUCAACUGCCGGAGGUUGAGCGUGAUCGUAGCCUUUUGUUUUCCUUCGAUAACUUUGUAGUAUUUUUCUCACAACACCCCAUCAAUAUGCCUUCUGAAGUCAAGACACCAGGAGGAAUGGCCUUUGAAUGUAUCCUGGAUGAGAACAAGAAACCUGAUACAUCAAAGCGCCCUGCAACCCCACCAAAGAGCAAGAGCACCACAUCAUUAGAUGAGAUCAACGCCAAGCUUCAGGAAGCAGAGAGGAGGAGAAGGUCCGUGGAGACCCAGAUGCUGGAGAAGCUUGCGGAGGAGAACGCCCGCAUCCUUGAGGCCCAGGCCAAGGUGGCAGAGAAGAACAACAACUUCAAGAUGGAGGCAAAGAAGCAAUAUGUGGAGAAGAUGACCAAGGUUGAGAUCAAUCAGCAAGCCCAGCAAGAAGCCUUCAACCUCAAGCUCCAGGAGAAGAAAAAUCACAUCAAGGUGGUGCAGGAGCGCAACAUGCGCAAGAAGGAGAUUGGUGAUGGAGGUGACGCUGAGGAGAAGCAGUAGGUCUAGCGCCCUCUAGCUAGAUCGACCCAGCCAGCCAGCCAGUCAGAGAGAGUUCAGAUUACAACCAUUCAGAAGCAAAAAGAGAUUGGAAAAAAUGCUGUAAUUUAGUGUAAAUGCUGAUUAUAUAUGCGAUGUGAAAAGGGUUGUCAUUAUUUUCUUGGUCAGAAUUUUGAAAGAGUUGUUCCUGCCUUAUUCAUUUUAUCUUAGAUUUACCCUUCAAGUUUGGGGCUGUUAUUGAAGAUUUUGUUUUUGUUGAAAAAGGAGUUUCUGUUCAUUGGUAUUUUUUUUUCUUGCAAAUAUUUGCGUUGUAUAUUGUUAUAUCCUGAUGACUGUAUUGUUUUUUGUUCAUUGCACUUAGUAUAGAAUUGGUGGUGAAACAUUGCAUCUAGCCUAAAGUAUGUUAUAGAUAUAAGACAGAACUAAGAAUGUUGUUAUUUUGACAUGUUGAAUCCAUUGACAUCUUUCAGGAAUUGAAGUGGCUGAUACCAGAAACUCUUUUCUGUGGUGUUUGGUGGUAUUAUUAAUGUCACAACGUAGAGACCUGUUACUGAAGAUAUUGACACUUAGCACCAGCAAUGCUAAACAGUUGACACCAAGCACCAGCAGUGCCAGACAAUUAACACUUAGCACCAGCAGUACUAAACAAUUGACACUUUAAUAGCACCAGCAGUGCGAAAUUGUUGACAUGUCUAUAAAUAUCACCUUCAGUGGUAAACGUUGACAUUUAGCACCAGCACUGCUAAACGGUUGACAUGUCUAAUACAUAUGUAGCACCUUCAGUGCUAAACAGUUGACACCUAGCACCAGCACUGCUUUAACCACUUGAUACUUAGCCCCAGAAGAGCUAAACAGUAGAAACCUAGCAGUGUUAAAGACAAUUGAAUCAGAUUAAAACACAGAUAUAUUGCAAUGGCCUUGUGGCCAGGUCAUUGUUCUUUUUCACAGAUGAGAACCAAUUGUAAACCUCUAUAAAAUUCUGCUAUUCCGUAAACAAAAAAGGCCAGCUUAAAAUCAAAUACAAAUGUUAAUUAAUCUAAUCCUAAUAUAAAUGUCAAGGAUAGUAUGGGAUAAUUUUGCUUUACAUACAGUUCAUUAGUGUUACAUCAAAUUUCUGUCUCUUUUGAAAUAAUUCCACCUCUUUUGGAUAUGUCAUCAUACUCAGAAAGUGUUGAAAGAAAGUCAACCGCAGUGAUGUCUGCUGAUUCAAGUUUCAAUUGUCAACUCUAUCUACAGCGCAUUAUAUAUUACAAAGUAAUGAUUCUGUGCUCAUUCAGUCACAGCAGAAUUAUACUUAAUACGACACCAACCAUACUCGUUUUCAUCUGUAGCAUAUUUGCCUUUCUCUAGAAUUUAUUUCAAUAUCAUAGUUGUCAAGUUUAGCCGAUCCGCGUAGAGUAGAGCACUUCUUGCACAUUGCACCAUUGUUUGUCAAACAUGGAGAUAAAAAUCCUUACUGCCAUUUUCCUGUUUGCACCAUGUGGAUCAUUCAUAUAGAUGUAGAUUUUAUUCUCUAGAUGUCGUUCAGUGCUGUAGGCUAGCUUUGCAUCUUGCACAAUAUGUACAUUGUCAAAUUGUAGCACAGUGUCAACAUUAUUCACAAAAUAAUGAAAAACACAGAUAAAUGAUAGUAUAAAGUAUUCAAUACAUAGAAUUAUUGCUGCACUUCUAUUGCUUUCACUGUCAAAGGUAGUCUGUCGGUUGAGAGUUCCAUAAAUGUUCUCCAUAGCCACAUUGUUUUACAGCUUUAGAAUUGGCUAGUUCAUGCCUGUUAUCUUCACGUAUCUAGUGUUUUCGAGUAGACUAAAGUCUGUAUUCUUUUGAUGUAUUCAGUACUAGCAAAUACAAUGAACACAACUCCUGUUUAUAGAAGCCUCAGUAUGGUAAGGUAUUUAAACACAAAGUGUCAUAUAUCUAAUGCAAUGUUUUGAUAUUUUUGUUUUGUUUUUAUACUAAUGAGUUAAUUCCUUUGGCUUCCAUUUUGUUUGAAAAACAACUGAACACCCUGUAAAUAAUAGUGGUUAUCAGUAGACUUUAGGGAGAGUUGCGUUUACAUUUUGUAAAUUAUAUAUAAUUUUCAGUACUUUUGAAUGCGUUUCCAAAAGUUAUUUUGAGUGACAAUCCAUGUCCAGGAGUGCUUUAUGGUUAUCUACCAAUUUUUUCUAUGGUAUCUGUAUUGUUGUUUUGUUUGUGAAAAGUUGUGUCUGUUCAAACUUCCUUAGAGUUGUGUUACAACUUGAUUGCUUGUAACACAUUUGCUGCAGAUUUCAUUGAAAUCAGAAACAUCAGAAUUAUAACAUAUUUUACAAGGUCUGGACCAUAAAAAUUCCAUUAAUUUUGUGAUAUAUUGAGUUAGUUGUUUGUACCAUGCUAUCAAUGAGGAUAUAGAAUUUCUCUCAACUGAUCCAAUUGGAAAUGUGUUCCAUAGAAAUGAGAAGUGAAAAACAUGUCUGAGAAUAUUUCUUAUAAUAAGCUUAACAGCAAAAAAGUAAAGAGCAGAUAUGAAGGAUAAAAAUUGAAUAUUAAGAGCUGAUAGCUGCCAAAGUAUUAAAUCCUAUUUAGCCAUAAAUUGUUAUAUCAGGUAAUUAAGAGGGGGAAACUGAGAGAUAACACAUAUGAACACCUACUUUAUUGAUGGUCUUAUAAACUUUUGUUAUCUCACAAUAUUCAUUAUUAGUCUCAAGUAGUGUCAAUAUCGUAAUUGAAAUGGUGAAAAAUAAUCAACAAUUGUGAACCCAUUCUGCUUGUGAAAUCUAAAAUAUUAAUUCUUACAAGAUUACAUUACAUCAAAACUUAAACUAAAAAGUAAAGAAAUCUAGAUCAAAACAGCAUAACUUCAAACGUUUGCAGUGUUGAUGUGAUUGAUACAUAAGUUAAAGAGAGUAUCUAUAUAGAGCGUGCAUACACAUAAGUGUUUUUGAAAAGUUUGUGUGCUAAUUAUAAAGAACAUUGAUAUAAUAAAUGUGAAAUGUACCUUUUUUUCCUUUUUUUUCUGUGGAGCUUUUAAUCUACACCAAGCCAGUACAGCAUCAAAUUGUAUUUUCUUCUGUUUGAAACACAUGCUUGAUCACAUAAUGACCUAAAAUGCCACUGUUCACUAACUAUUGUUUCAUUUUCGCAGGCUUCAAGGGCAUGUUACUUGAAACAUUCAUGCAAGACAUUUUGUGUUCUUCAUGUAUAAGGCUAUAUGCAUGCUCCUUAAAAUAGUCUUGAGAGUUGUCCACUAAACUAACCAAUAUCUUAAUCAUUCAUUCGUUUGUGUGGUUUUCGACUUCUUUCAAGAUCAGCCAAACAUUCAUUGUACAUGGAACAAGGUUGAAAAAUUAAUCAUACCGUUUUAGAAAAUUUGUAAUUUGGGAAAGAGGGUUUUAGGGUAGACUGAUAUUUAUAGGUGCAUCCUUGCAGCCUUUGUAAUUCUCUCAAAAUGUUAUGUUCAAUUUUUUUUCUUCAAAUUUGGAUCACUGAAUAAUUCCAGAUGAUAAAAGUAAAAGGAUUUCUUCAGCUUUAUAACAAAUUAAAUGAGCAUGCAGUGGUACAAGGAUUACUUGAUUGCCUAUUUUGCUAUCAUAUAUUCACCUCGAUCUUCAUUGGUGAUUAUAUGCAAGGCGGUCAAGUCGAUAAUGCCAUUAGUCUAUGCAAUUUAAGAUUUAAUGCCCGUUUAUUCAGUCAUUAACUUUCAAUUUAUGGACUGUCUCCAGUGAGAAAACAAAUUUAAUAUAUUAGGCAGACGGCGUCCCCAGACUAUGGUUAAGAUGGAUGCAUUUCAGAACGAACAACUCGUUAAUAAGUGGUUUUUAGAUACAAGAACAAUUUUUUUGUUGCUAAAUCUGUUAAAUACACUGGCGGCAUAGGAGUAACAAAGAGAGGAGAGGAUGAUCAGAUUUUUUGCGGCUUUGGGGGUUAGCCACCGGUAUGACCCAAUUAUUGAUUUUUAAUCUGCGAAGGAAAGUCUUUUCAUCUGGAAAAGAUUUUACAGAACUGAUCACCAUAAACAACAAAAUAUAUUUCAAAGGAUGACAUUUUACACAUUACCAUGCAUCACUAACUUGUGCUUUACAUGACCAAAAGCUAGGCAAAAUGUUUUGUUGUUGAAAUUCCCUUGUCUCAUAAUCAGUACUUCAUGUUAUUUUGUCCUAAACCAUUCAAUUUUUUGUUUAUGACCAAGUACUAGAUAUUGUUUUUAAAAUGUUGAUAAUGUAAGUAUCCCCAAGUUUUCAAUAUUAUUGUAUUGGUAUUCCAUUGUCAUCUACGUAUACGACUAUUAAAUGCAGCUUACUAUUAUAUAUGGCCAAAGACGAUUAAAUUAAUUGAAGCUACUGGAAUCUAGUAAUAACAUGUUGUGAAGAACUUCUAGGAAACUCUGUAGGGAAACUUGCAACAUUUUAUUUGUACUGAGUUUUGAAAAAACAAUCAUUCCUUCCAUGCCUUUUUAUUAUAAUUAUUUUGCCCACCAUUUACGCAAAUGCUGGAAUUGUUUAUUUGUUUGAGUUUAUCUUAGAUAUUAUGUUGUAUGCACAUUGUCUUGUGUAACUUGUGUAUUGCGCGUUAUUGUAAUUGGUCAAAAGUGAUAAAUAAAGGCGAAAGCUUGUGUGAAAUAA